AUGAGCAUAGAUGGGACUACAUUAUCCUCAAUUCUUCUUCCCACAUCCACGGACCUUUAUAUCGCCGUCGAAGCAGAAGAAGAGGCUUCCGAAAGUGGCCGGACUGUGCAAACUGAUUGGAUUAUUGGCAUUUCUAUGAUGGCACUUUCUCUGGCGUGUGCGGUCGCGUAUUAUGUGAUUUUAUCGAUAAUUUACAAAGACAAGGAGCUCAUGCGAAUGCCGAGUUAUCGUUUCAUGUUCUUCCUUGGCGUAUUUGACAUUGCUCAAUGCUUUCCUCAUUUUGUAACGGGAAUUUUUACAGUAAAACAGACAGUUUUUCAUCCAGGUCUUGCUAAAGCAAUGGGUGUAAUAGCCACUCCUUGUUACGUAGCGUAUGCAGUUUUGACUAUUUUCCUAUCUUUUAACAGACUAGUUCAAUUAUCAUCUCCUACUUUAGAUAAAUACUUUUUUGGAGGACAACGAUGGAUGAUCUGGAUAGGCAUGGCAUCAGGUUUCUGGAUAGCAUUUAUGAUUGCCUUAGCCUCCCCUUGGGCUACAAUUCGUUAUAUUCCUGAUUGGUAUUCAUGGGAUUAUGAUUAUGAAUUGGUUGGAUCCAAAUAUGUACAACGGGUCGAGAUGUUAAUUGAAGUUGGUGGCAUUUUUGUGUCCGCAUUUUUCUAUGCUCUGAUUGUUUAUCGAUUGGUGAAGACGAAGAAGCGAUUUUUGAUCUCGAAAAGUUAUAAUGCAGAGAUCAAAGUUUUGAUUCAAGCGACAGUGAUUACGGUUUAUUGUACUGUUUUGAAUGUUUUAUGGCAUAAUUAUUCGUGGAUGCUUCCCCUGAAUCUCUGGAGCUACACGGCUCUAAACUUCAUGUGGAUUCUAAAUAGUGGAGUCUACCCCAUAAUCUACUUCAUUGUUAAUAAAGCCCUUCGUGACCGUAUCGGUGUCAAGCGAUCCAAUACAAACGUUCUCGGAGCUGUUUCCGUUUUUCAGCACAAAACGAGAAUCAUGGAAAGGACUGCAACGCCGAAGUCGAAAUCGUCGGACGAUGAGAAAGUAUAA